GAACGAUCGCAAGCGUACCUCUCUGGACUGUUCGUGCUUACUCGCUGUUAUUUCGAGUUAUUUGUGUGGAGUUUUCGUCGUGCUUUCUUACUUUCCUUUGGAUCUGAAACCUGUGCCUUCGGCGACAAGCAUUAUCGAGUGGAGGCAUAUUCGCUAUAAAUCUGGAUACGUGGGUUUAAUUGCGUGUCUGAUUUUUGAGUAGCAGUUUGCAACGCCAAUGAACUGAGAUCUACCACUAAUGCUUGAGAGCCCCCCUGCAUCCAAACCCAACUGUGGAGAUCCUUGGAAAUGACUUGCUUUUUUCAUAAGAGUGCUUCUAAAGUUGGACUUCCCAAUUGCUAGUAAUCUUAUUGACUUUGCUAGCCGAGUGCCUUGGAAAAUACACUCUGACAUUUAAGUGAAACUACUUGCUGUUUCAGUAGCCAUGUGGAUCAUGCCAGUGGAUUAUUUUACACUUUUAACUUUGUGUGUAUUGGUGGCCUUUGCUGCUUCUUUUGAAGACAUUCUUCCACGAAUAAGCUUCAGCCAUGAGGCAGAAGAUCGGCCUGUUAAACUGUUUUCUGCAGAGGGUGUUUUUAAUUAUUCCACUUUGCUUUUAAAUGAAGAUAAAUCAGUUCUGUAUGUUGGUGCAAGAGAAUCCCUGUUUGCUUUGAAUGUCUCCAAUUUUGGGAACAGCAAACUGAACAGAAAUCUGACAUGGAGCGCCCCUGAUAAUAAACGAAAACAGUGCAGCUUUAAAGGAAGAAACCUGCAGACCGACUGCUUCAAUUAUGUCAAAGUCUUCCUGCAACUCAAUAGUACUCACUUAUUUGCAUGUGGGACCUAUGCGUUCAGCCCCAUCUGCACAUAUAUUAAAAUUUCAGAUUUCAGCUUAGUAAAAAAUGCAGAGGGCAUUGUGACUGAGGAGGGCCGGAGCCGAUGUCCAUUUGAUCCAGAAUACAAGUCUUCUGCUAUCAUUGUUGAUGGAGAAUUGUAUGCAGGAACUGUCAGUAACUUUCAAGGAAAUGAACCCACAAUUUAUAAGAGUCUUGGUAAUGGGACUCACUUAAAAACUGAGAACUCUUUGAACUGGCUCCAAGAUCCUUCUUUUGUGGGAGCAGCAUAUAUUCAGGAGAGCCUACCUUUAGGGAAUCCAGUUGGAGAUGAUGACAAAAUAUACUUCUUUUUCAGUGAAACUGGAAAGGAAUUUGACUUUUUUGAUAACACCAUUGUCUCAAGGAUAGCCCGUGUCUGCAAGGGAGACAAAGGUGGUGAGCGGGUAUUGCAGAAGAAGUGGACCACAUUCUUAAAGGCCCAUCUUUUGUGUUCCCUAUCUAAUGAUGGCUUCCCCUUCAACAUUAUCCAGGAUAUGUUUGUAUUAACACCAGGAGAAGAGAACUGGAAGCAAACAAUCUUCUAUGGAGUUUUUACCUCCCAGUGGUACACAGGUGCAGCUAGCAGCUCUGCUGUAUGUUCUUUUUCAAUGGACCAAGUGGAAAAUGCCUUCAAUGGUCGAUACCGUGAAGUGAACCGUGAAACUCAACAGUGGUAUACCUAUAAUCAUCCUGUGCCAGAACCAAGACCUGGAGCUUGUAUUAAUAAUGAUGCAAGAGAGAGAAACAUAGCCUCAUCACUUCAAAUGCCAGACAAGGUGCUCAACUUCAUGAAGGAUCAUUUUCUAAUGGAUACUGUCAUUAAAAGCCUACCACUGCUUGUGAAGAGAAAUACACGGUACACGCAGAUUGUGGUGGACAGAGUCAAGGGGCCUCACAAACAUUAUGAUGUUUUAUUUAUUGGCACAGAUGAUGGAAAAAUUCACAAAUCAAUUAACGUGGACUCACAGAUGUACAUCAUUGAGGAAAUACAGCUCUUCAGUGAAUCUGUGCAGACCAUCGAGCUGGACUCUCAAAAGGGCAUGCUGUAUGUGUCCUCUUACUCAGGAGUGGCUCAAGUGCCUGUAGCUAACUGCAGUAACUAUCAGAACUGUGGAGAGUGCAUACUGGCAAGGGACCCAUACUGUGCCUGGACUGGAAAGAAAUGCAAAGACAUUCGACACGUUUCACCUGAGAGCCACUGGCAACAGGACAUUGUAAAUGCAGACACUAAUAUGAUUUGUGAUGUUCAGCCUAGGAGGGGCAAAGGUGGCUUUGAGUGCCUCAGGUUUAUACUUCCUCCCAACACAUUUAAGGUUCUUCCUUGCUAUCUGAGAUCCAACCUCGCAAAACGGUUAUGGGUUUACAAUGCAAGUGCAAAUAACUCAACUUACAGUAGUCCUGAUGGGGGCCUGGUAGUGGUGGCCAGUGUGAAUGGACAAGAAACUUAUGAAUGUUGGUCAAUUGAAAAUAACUUUCAGCAAUUACUAGCAAACUACUGUGUGGAGACUGAGAAGUCCCUAGAGGUUUUGACAACAGACAGACCUAAAACUCCAGCAACAUUAGAAAAGACCUACAUUCUCCCAAGCAAUGAACAUUCAGCACAGACUGAAGUGAGGACCUAUUGGAAUGAGCUUCUAAUCGUUUGUAUCCUGUUGGGAGCCACCAUUAUAAGUUUUUCUCUCUUCUUCAUCUACUGGCACAGGUCAAGUAUGAAAACUUUUCUAAAAGAAGGAGAAUGCUCCAAUAUGCAACAGAAGAAACCGAGGAUUGUGAUUCCUGGCGAAAGCCUUCCACUUAAUGGGAGUGUUGUACCUGCUUCCAGUUCAGACCACAAGGGCUAUCAGACGUUGAAUGACAAUUACAUAUGUAGUACACCAACACAUGAGAAUCCAGAUAAUGGAAAAAGUUUUUCUGAAAAGAGACCCUUGAAUCUGAAAGAGAGUCAUGUUGAAAUAUCUCCUUCCUGCCCUAGGCCCAGAGUACGACUUGGGUCAGAAAUUAAAGAUUCUAUAGUGUGAAGGGAGGGAGAGACUGCAUUCAUUGACUUUUAUUUUUGUUCUUUUUCUUUUUAAUGUAUGAGAUAAGACUAAGCCUUUACACUCAUGACCACCUUUGAAUUGAGAGGCUGUGAAAAUGAACUACUGCAGCAGGUCACGUGUGUCCUUUGUCUUCCUGGCAUUAAAAGCCUCGAGCAGCUAUCUGAAUGAGUUCGUAGAGACAUUUAUUGACGGCAGAGGUCUUAUUAGUCUCACUUAAGUGGGAAGCUCAAAAUCUUCUUGUCAUUGGUCGCUUCAAUUCCAUGUAAUAUUUGAACAUGACACUGCUUUUUUGGCAAGAUUAUUUUGUAUGGAAACACAUUCUUUUGGGCAAGUGGACCAUUAUAGUAUGCCAUUUGGAAGAAAGGUGCACUGUAUUGACGACUCCGGCCUGUUGGGUUCAGCAUGGAGAUUUUUUUUUUUUUUUUUUUUUGUGAGAAGUUAACAUUGUCGAACAAAUUAAAAGGAAGCUGGACUCCUGAAAAUAAGCUGUUCCUGCUAAUUUCAACAAAAUCCUCCUGUUUAUAAUAGUGACUGUCUGCAUUUCCUUGACAUUGCGUCCCCAUGGUCAGACAAUCACAAGAAUGCAAAAUGAAGGGGCAGCUAGUAGGCAGAUGUUCCUUUAAGGUGUAACAUGAGUAGUUUCAGCAACCACUUCUGAAACAAGAAACGACAAAGAAAAAUAAAACAACCAGCAUUAAGAAAGCUACUAUGCAAAAAUGAACAACGGAUCAGCACUGAGGUUGUAGGUUUGGUGGUGGCCUCAUUCACAUUGUGACUGUACUUGGAAUGACUUAAGAAUCUCACAGUACUUUGUGUGGGUGGAAUUCAGAGAAGGCACACUGAUGAGAUGCUGUGCUGGCAGUGACUGAGAACCAUUUUGGAUCCUCCUCCCACUGAGAUAGAUUGCACUGCAAAGAUUCAGUUUUGACGUUAAACCUCAGAAGCCUGAAAUGUGUUGGCCAUAUGAGUGUGUCUUGUAUCUUGCGGCGCACUUUGCAGAAACUGAAAAACUGCAAAAACUACACCCCAGCUUGACUGAAGCAGAACAUGACUACAGCUACCAACAUUCCCUCUACUGGAAAAGGCUGAGAGCUCAUUAUGAGUGUCUAGCCUCUUGUGACUUGCAUGUCAGAUACAUUUUUGAAGUAGCAAAGUGAACAAAUAAAUGUUAUUUUUUUAACCAAAAUUAAUGUAUAUUGUGCCAAAAAGAAAUAAUUUGUGUAAAGUUUCACUGUUGUGCUUAAAUACAGACUGUCGACUUCAGGAGACAUUUUGCAGUUUUGGAAAGAGAUGUUAGGCAGGUAUGUAAUGUAGUGACGUGAAAGCCUGACUGUUGUGGGAGAGUAGAACAUUUUAACAAA